AUGCGUCAUUAUGAGUCGAUGCCGCCGCCCACUAGGAACGACGAAGAGCUAUUGACCAAAUCAAACCGUGGAGAGCUUGAUGAGCGUUCCAAGGAGAUCAAAGAACUCCUUCAGAGGUCACCUGACCGCUUGAUUGCGCGUAAUGCUUUGCUUCGAGCCCGAAAGCCGGAUCAUUUCCACUACGCCCCUGAACAAUUCGAGACUCUUGUUGAUCGUGUCGCCGACUGUUUCUCAGCCGCCGUUGAACACAGACGGACAACUUCCGAGUUCCUGGCAGACAAUAAGGUGUCUACUAGAGCGAGAAGUGGUUUCCCACAGAACAAGGCCCACGCACAAGAUGCUCCACACCUUUUCCUCGAUCGUGUACAUGCCGACACGCCAUUUCCUCCGCUUACCACCUUCUUCGUUCGGUGCCGUAUUUAUUUCGCCUACUUUGGAAAGCGUCCGUCUCCGAAAUCAACAUCUGGAAGCUUGCCACAUGGUGUGUCUCCGCGAGAUACAUCGCCUCUCUUCGUUAGUGAAAGCGACUCUCCAGGUCCAGCUGCCGAGGUGCGAUCAGAACAGGCCAACCCCUCGCAAUCGGUCCAUGAGGACUAUCAAACUCAACAACUCUCGGAGGGUAGUGGAGGAACCUCAGCCGAGGACAGCGAGGAAUUAGGUCAUCAACCAGCUUUUAGUGAUCCGCAUCGAAGCCUUGAGGAUGAGGACAUGGGUUAUGAAACUACCGUCGCAGCCGAAGACUAUCUUCAAAAUGAUUCCCCAGAGUUAUUGGGAGGUCAAGAGGCUGAUAUCGUUUCCUUGAGGCCAUUACUCGAUCCUCUGGAUUUAAGGUCCCCGGUCGCCACCCAAUAUGAGAGUAACGAUGAGCUUACUACCCAUUCGCAAAGCCCGAAGCAACUAUCGACCCCUGAAGAGAAUGCUUCGGAAUACGAAGACCCAGAGCAGGAAGACCAAAAUCCUAUCAAAGACUACUCUUCUUCUGUGUACUCUGUGAGAAGGAGAAGUAGCAUUAGAGAAGACAGAGACAUCGAGACACCAUGCAGGUUCGAAGAAGAUUUAAUUCGGGCACUUCAGGAACGGGAGAGACUUGAUGAGGACUGGGAACGAGAACGGCUUGAGCAAGAAUAUGGAGCCCUACCCUCGGAUACUGGAAGGGAUGAAUCGGUACAUUCACGAGACCGGACGGAGCGUGAGGCUGCUCUAGAGGCCGUGGAAGAGGAAGUGGAGACUUUUGAACAUCCCGACGGGGAGCAACGGGACAGCUCUCCAUCCGACGACGGUCUCUACAAGGCAACGCGCCUUGCGGAGGUGGUUGAUUUCAAGUUCUUUUCUUUUGAGCGUGGACAAUUCCGAGUGGUCGAUCAUAUCCGGGUCGAACCCUCAGACACGUCUGUUGUAGAACGUUCUGCUAAGAAAUACAUGCUGGAGCUCUAA